AUGAAUAAAUAUGACCUAAAUGGAAGACCAUUGAACAUAAAAGAGGUAUGCUUGUAGUUUUUGCAGCUUUGAUGCAGAGUAUUGAAAGAGUUUUGGAAUUCUUUUAAAAUAGCAGAACAAACUGUAUAGAGCUAUUAAAUGCCCUCACAGAUACUUCCACAUAAUAACAACAAUCAUACUUCAUUUCCAAGCAACCAAUGAUAUCAAAAGUGCCAAUUUUCUCUCAGAAUGACAAAUACAUUCAAUUCCUACUCCUUGUUUCCACUACCUGUAGCUUUUAAAUGGAUUAGAUAUGCUGCAGCCUCAGACUGCUUGUCUAGGGAACUGUUGAGGCACUUGUAUAAUUAAAACUUCAGAUAAGACUGCUAUACUGACAUGAGUUGCUUAGGUUGGGGAUCUACAUCCUACUGAUAUUCUUGAGUCUUAAAAUAUGCCUUUUCUCCUACAAGAUUAGAUCUGUAGUUGGAUGAACAAUCACCUUUAAGUCUGGGGAAUUUGCUGUGUGGCUCUGAUGUGUAUCAUGUUCAGAUUGCCUUGCUGUGGGAGCGAUAAGGGAGGAAUAAAAUGUGUCAACAUUUUCAUUUGCCUGUAUGAGUGUUGCGGUCUGAACCAUGAUGUCAGAGAGUUAUGCUUUCUACGUUUGAUAUUAACAGAGAGCACCAAGAUAAUUGAAUUUGGUUUUUGAAAGAACAUGUUAGGCUGACAGAUUUCUACUUGUCCAUAGGCUAGGUAACAGCAUAUGAAGUGGCAGUGCACACUUGUCUCAACCCUCAUCUGAAAGGACCACCUCUAGAGGUGAGGGAGCUAGGUCUCCAUGCACAUGAAGUACUUAUUCCUUCUGCCGCCGCUGAUAAGGAUGCUAACUGCUCUGUUGUGAUACUGUGAAAUUUCUGAAAGAAAGUACUGUUGCCUGUGAUUUGGGAUUAACAGAUGUAUAUUCUAUUACGAAAUUUGUUGUAGGAUCCGGAUGGUGAGCAUGCUCGCAGGGCGUUGCAGCGUGGGAGUGGACCCUACACGGGAGGACAUGGUCCAGAAAUAUCACCUGGCUUGAUGAAUUUGCCACCUUCUAUUAUUAAUAAUCCAAACAUUCCUCCCGAGAUUAUUAGCAAUCUGCAGGCUGGCAGGCUUGGGUCCACUAUUUUUGUUGCCAAUGUAAGUAUAAAUACAUACUGGCUGUGCAUUGCUUCAUUUUGGAGCAAAACAUCAAGUUUACUUAGCACAGCACAAGUGAUUUUUCUUAGCCGAUAGUAUUCAUGCCCAUUUUAACAGGGUUUUAAACACUGUUGCAUCUCAUCUGAGGGUGGUUUUGUGUAUCUAAACUGCAAUAUAAAUUUUCCCCCCAACUUGGUGCCCUCCAGGUAUUUUGGACUACAGCUCGCAUCAGCUUCAUCAAUUUGUAAUUCAAAACAUCUGGAGGCCACCAGGUUGGAGAAAGCUAUUUUAGGACCUCCAACUUAAAUUUUUAUGCUGCUCUGCAAUUUUUAAACCCUUUUUAAUAAACCUGUUCUGUGAGCUGAGUAUGCAUAUGAAUAGUUUUCUCUCAGAGUAGCCAGUUUUAAAAUCAGUACAUGGUUUUUUGUUUACUCUUCCCCAACUAGAUACUGUUGGAUUAUGUGCUCAGUGUACUACAUUCCUUUUGAUAGCUUUUAGCUGAGUUGUUACUUUUCAUCAGAACUAAGUUGUUCAUCAACAUGUUGAAAAAAUGAAAGGAAAGAACAUGGAUGUGACCAAAGAUUUAUUUGCAUCUCUGAUAACUAAUACUUCAGUUUUGGCAAUCUUCCAUGUAUCUGUCAAUAAUACGGAAAGUGUGUGUGUGUGUGUGUGUGUGUGUGUGUGUAUAUGUGUGUGUGUGUGUGUAUAUAUAUAUAUAUAUAUAUAUAUAUAUAUAUAUAUUGCUAUGCUUAAGCUAUGUGUAGAGUUUGCCCCUGCGCUAAAACAAAAAUCCUGUUUUGUAAGACAAAAUUGUGUUGGUUUGUUUCAUGGAAACUUUCUUUUUAAGCUUGACUUCAAAGUUGGCUGGAAGAAAUUAAAGGAAGUGUUCAGCAUUGCUGGGACUGUAAAACGUGCAGAUAUUAAAGAAGACAAAGAUGGAAAGAGUCGAGGAAUGGGAACAGUGACUUUUGAGCAGCCAAUCGAAGCUGUUCAGGCAAUAUGUAUCCUGACAAGAGUUGGGGAGUGACUGGGCCUGAUUAAAGGAGUAUGUUGUCAAGUGUGGGUUAAAUAGGAAUGCAUUAUUUUCUGUCUACAUUAUAUUUGACUUGUAUGUUUGUGUGAAUAUAGGUGAGUUCUUCAACAAAGCAAUUGAUAACUUUUCUGUUUGUAGUAUAUUUGAUCAUGUACAUUUUCUCUUGAUAUACUAACUGUAUUACUGCUAGUAUAUUCAGGAGAUUGACUAUAACACCAUGGUUACAUUGGAGUAGGGAUAACAUAGAAUGGGGGGGGAAUGAUAAUGUUAAGGGGAGAACUUGAAGCCCAAAGUCAUUUUCCUCUAUUGGAAGAAAGUGGCUCAUGGCAUUAGAGAUUCUGAGAAUGAUGCUUAUCACCAAUAAAAUACAAAAUAUACCCUAUUUUAUGGUGGCAGCUGAUGCACCCUAGAACUUAAAACCUGAAGAAUUUGGCAAGCACAGUUAGACUAUAUGGAAAAUCAGUGCGACUGACUUGUUCAGUCCCUAGACCACUGUUUACUUGCAGAAUUAUUUCACACUUGUUUUAUUGAAAAAUACUGGUCUGGCAAUAGAGAACUACUUAAACCAUUGUUAAUUGUGACUUACAAGCAAUGAUGUGCUUUAAGGAUAAUAUUUUCCCAUUUUGCCAUUACUUUUAGGUAACUAAUUCUUUAGUAAGUGUUUGUAAUUUGAGUUCAACAGUGCUCAUAUUAUUGGGGGAGAGAUAGGAGGACCAUUAAUGAAAUUCACAAGUGCCCCCCACCUCUUGAUUCUCUAUGGUUUUAGCUAUAUAAUCUCCCCUACCCCCCAAAAAACCUGAUAGUCUUGUAAAAAAAAAAAAGGAGCUAAGGAUUCUGCUCGCAUCUCACUGUCCCCACUGUAUUUGUUUUUUAAAAAAAUAAUAUUUAUUACUUUUCCAACAAUUUAAACAUUACAAAAAAGAGUAAACAAUACAAUACAAAAACAGUACAAAACACUAACACAUUAAACUAACCAAACAGUUUCAAUAUCUUAUCUUUCAUUCAGUUAUUUCAGUGACCUCCUCACACCUCCCUUUUUGUAUUCCACUUCUGUUAAUUGUUUCAGCAAUUCCUUUCCAUCUUCCUCUGUUUUCUAUCCUAUAAUUAUCUUAACACAUUUUAACCUUAUUUUUCCCUUUAAUUUUCUAUUAAUCUAUUUAUACUUAAUUCCUUAUAACAUUUCUACUAAAGCCAUAUAACUUCAUUCCAACAUUUUUCUAACAUUCAUUAAUUUUACAGUAUUUCUGUAAAUAAUCUUUAAAUUUUUUCCAAUCUUCUUCUACCAACUCUUCUCCCUGGUCUCGGAUUCUGCCAGUCAUUUCCGCCAAUUCCAUAUAGUCCAUCAACUUCAUCUGCCAUUCUUCCCGGGUGGGUAAAUCUUGUGUCUUCCAAUAUUUCGCGAUGAGUAUUCUUGCUGCUGUAGUUGCAUACAUAAAAAAAGUUCUGUCCUUCUUUGGCACCAAUUGGCCGACCAUGCCCAGGAGAAACGCCUCUGGUUUCUUCAGGAAGGUAUAUUUAAAUACCUUUUUCAUUUCAUUAUAAAUCAUUUCCCAGAAUGUCUUAAUCCUUGGGCAUGUCCACCAAAGGUACCUUCAGUCUCAUUACAUUUCCAACAUUUAUUGUCGGGCAAAUGGUAAAUUUUUGCAAGCUUGACUGGUGUCAUGUACCACCUAUAAAUCAUUUUCAUUAAAUUUUCUCUUAGGGCGUUACAUGCCGUGAAUUUCAUACCUGUGGUCCAUAACUGUUCCCAGUCAGCCAUCAUUAUGUUAUGUCCAACAUCUUGUGCCCAUUUAAUCAUAGCUGAUUUCACCAUUUCAUCCUGAGUGUUCCAUUUCAACAGCAAGUUAUACAUUCUUGACAAAUUCUUAAUUUUUGGUUCUAACAAUUCUGUUUCCAAUUUUGAUUUUUCCACCUGGAAACCAACUUUUUUGUCCAUAUUGUAUGCCUCCAUUAUUUGAUAAUAAUGGAGCCAAUCUCGCACUCUGUUUUUCAAUUUUUCAAAGCUCUGCAAUUUUAAUCUGUCUGUCCCCACUGUAUUUGGAUAGUGGGGUGCAAGUUGAAUAUUUUAGUACAAUAGGAGAUAAGACAGCUAUUCAGAAAAGUACAUGAAUAGUAUAUAGUAGGAUUGUAAUGUUCAGUUGAUUUUACAGAUUUAAAAAGUGGUCCAGUCUAACUCAUAUAGCAGAUUUUAAAGAAAUUAUCAAAGCCACAGUCAGUAGUCAUAAUCUUGGAGGCAUUCCAAAUCAGAAUUCUUCUAAAAUGGUGCUUGCUGUAAUGAAUUCGGACCACUAUUUUACAUGCAUGCAUAUAAAUGCAAAUUUAAUUGACAAGACCCCUAAGAUGAAGCUAUUGGAUGACAGUCUAGAGUGCGAGUGUGUUUGUAAGAUCAUCUGUGCAGCUUAACAUAUUAUUGGCGGAUGUAAGGUUCCUUGACUUGAUGUUCAGCUAUGUUCAAUGGACAAUUUCUGUUUGAUAGACCCAUGCAUGUAAAAAUGGUGAGUUGUUCAUUUGUUUUGCCCGUGGUAGCUGAGACAAACCACUGCAAUGUUCUAAAAGUCUUUGUCUGUUGUUAGGAUGACAAAUCAAUUCCUCACGAUGAUUUCCGUGUAGCAGACAGCAAAACACCACAGCUACCUCGUGAGUAUUCACUCUUUUUUAAUGCUGCCUGUUAAUAUAGACAUAGCUACCAUUUUGAAGCCUAGUAGAAUUGCCCCUGCCUUCAACUGUUUAGAAAUACUGAGAACCUUAUGGAGUGAUCUUUGCUUUCAAAGGUGGUCUUGGAGGAAUUGGAAUGGGACUUGGACCUGGCGGGCAGCCCAUAAGUGCAACCCAACUGAGCAUGGGUGGUGGUGGAAUGGGAAGUGUGGCUCCUGGAGGUCAGUAUGCUUUCCUCUUCUCAGUGUUUUCUUGCCUUGGAGUGAGGGAUACAUUUCCUGGAGUACCGUAGAAGUCUUUAAAUGUAUUGUGACUCAUACUUAAAUUUUAAUCGUUUUUUUCAUUAUAUGUACCUUUAAAAUUGCCUGUUCAGCACCAAGCUUUUCUCGUUUGGUUCUUCCAAAAAAAUUUUAAGUUCUUACAUCUUAUCCUAUUUUUAACUGCUGCUUUGAUUCCUCACUAGGUUAUGAUAUAUUUUGUUGCUAUAUUGCAUUGGUUUUAUUGCGAACCUCGCUGGGAGCUGUUCAGCUGAAGGGUAGAGUGGCAUAAAGAUAUACUUAAUAACUCACCUGUAAAUCUGUUUAUUUGAAGGAAUGGGAGUGGAUGGUCCAGGCUUUGGAGGAAUGAACAGAAUGGGCGGAGGUAGGCACGUUCCCCAGUUACUUUGUUCCCAUACAAAAUUUAUGAAUUUAGUAAAAUGCUCUUUGCUUACGGUUCAGGUGUUGGCGGAUUUGGUGGCAUGAAAGGGAUGGCAAACAUGGGAGGAUUUGGCGGAGUCAACCGAAUGGGAGGUAGGUGACUAUUUGCUCAUAAAAUGUACAGCUGUUCCAGUGUAUCUAGAAGUAUUGUAAAACUAAAAAAUAAAAUCUAUUUCUAGGAAUGGGCAGUGUGGAUGAUUUCCGAGGAAAUAUUGGCAGUGGAAUGACUGGUGGCAUAGGAACAGGCAUGGGGGGCAUGGCAACAGGUAUGGGAGGUAAAUUAACCAGUUUUUUAAAUUACUCUGUGUUUGCAGUUGUAGCCCAAUCAGUUUAAAGCUACAAUCUUUGAUUUAAGAGCUUAAGAUCAAUGAUGUGGAAACGGACAUUUAGUUUUAAAAAGGCUUCCAUAAAACAUAAACUUCAACUAUCAGCUGGGAAGCACAGUGUGCUUUCCCACCCCCAUUUGAAAACUAGAGUGUGGGAAUAUUCUCCUGGAUGUGUUUAUGAAAUUUAUUUUCAUUGGAGUUAAUGUAUUACAAGCAAACCGGCAAGCAAACUUUCAGCAGGGAUGCGUAAUUGUUGAGUUUAACCAAAGGCUUCAUUUUGCUUGCUUGAUUGCAGCAUACCACCUUUCUAAAAGGUGAUUUAAAUCCUCUGAGUGUAAUACAAAUUAAACAAAAAUUAAGAAUGUGUUAACUUGAUAAAAUACCAUAUUUCAUGUUCUUGACCAGAGCUUCUAUCAAAAGCUCAAGUUAACUGAUGCAUAAAAGCCGAAGGUUUUAAUUGCUGGAGAGUGGUGCAAGCCCAGGUGUAUUUAUGGUGGUAAUGCCCCUUGAUAUCCUCAUUCUGGGACAAAGUUAUUAAGAAAAUGAUCAUAAUUAGUGGACACAAUAUUGUCAACCCCCAAAGUUUUGUCACCUAUUUUUGACGACAUUAAGUAUUUACAUUAAUCUAAGGAACUGGUAACACUUUGGCUGGCCGCAGCCCAAAGGACCAUUUCUUAACAGUGGAAGACAGUUGACCUAAACUCCAUCCUAAAAAAUAAAGGUUUAUAGUGAAAAACUUAAUUUAAUCCACAAAGUUCAUUUAUCCAAGGGACAAUCAAAUCAAACUCACUUUUCUCAGUGUUGUGUAACUUGCUUUUUUACACAAAUGAAGACUAUUAAAAGAGUCCUCCCUCCCAUAUUAGACUAUGCACACACAUUUGGAAUAAUGAGUAAUAAACAAUGAAUUUGACAAGAACUUAUAAUUGGAAAUGGACUGAGGUAUUCUUAUCCAAUGAUCUCUCAUAAUGUUGAUGUAAAUAUUCUCUCUCUAUUUUCUGUUACUCUUAGUAGCUUCACGCCAGUACCCCCAGUUCUUCCAUAAGGGACCCUGGUGACCAUGUACAAAUAGAUUUAUUUUGUUUUGUAUUUGUUUGUUUUUGUUGAGUACUGUAUUUAAAAAAAACAAACCCUGAAGGGCUUAUCUGCUACAUUUGUGUUCCUGUGCCCAGAGACAAUCAAAGUAGAUGCGAUGUUAAAAACAGGACUUUGCAUUUCACAUGCAGUUUUUUAAAAUUGGAGGAGGCUGCUUCUUAACGGGAUUCAAGCAGGCAAGGAGGGGUAAUUUAGCUUCUCCACAGCUUUGAUAUUGAGGAAUUUCUCUCUUUUGAAGCUGAAAUUUGGAGGUGGUGGGAAGUCUCUCAUUGUUGACAGUGCUUGAUGCCAUGCUGCUGCCUCCAAAACUACCUCAGCUCCUGGGAUCCUUGAGGAGAACAUUUGAGGCUGCAUUAUAUUGGCAUCCUCCACUGAUCCUGUGAGAGGGAUCUGCUACAAAAAAAUAUAGCGACUCCUAGAGUUCUGAAUCUCACAUUUGUAGUAAUAGGGGAAUGGAAAUGAGUCUUGCUUCGAACGUAUACCCAACAUGUACAGUCAAGCUAUAAUGCAUGUUGACUGGGAAAGACUGCCAGAACUAUGGAGAACCUCUUCCAUUCAGUGUUGACAAUACUAAGUUAGAUGGAUCAACGGUCCAUGGAACACAGCUUCCCAUGUUCUUAUAUUUUUAAAUGAAUUUGUUUGAAAUCAGUAUCUUGAAUAAGCGUCUUUCCACUUAGCUGUUUAUGGUACCAUUCAAAGCGAAUCCUUUGUACCCAAAGGUCUGUCUGUAAGCAAACAUACGGUAUCUGGAAUCUAAAAGAAAAUACUGUCUACUAUGUUUCCUGCAGAAAUGUUCCGUGGAGGAAUGGGAGGAAAUAUUGAUAGAGACUUUGGUCGAACUGAUAUGGCAAUGAACCGUGGCUUUGGAGACUCUUUUGGAAGGAUGGGUAUGGCCCUUGGCAAACUUGCAUUUUUCAUGGAAUUGGGUAUCAAGCAUGUAGCAAGCAAAUCAUUUUCACAAGUGAACACUAUGUUGCUUCAUACUCAUAAUCUCCCUUUUCCCUUCUGCCUGUCCAUGAAAGGUACUGUUGUCUUCUUUAUGGAGAUUGACAUGGUGAAGUGCUUUUCACAUACUACUUUAUGAGAUUCAAUAGAAGUAGCUUAAAGCAGGAAUCCAAAUUAAUAGCUUGCAGCUGUUAGUUCUCAAAUAACCAUUCAAUUUUAAGAGAUACUUGUAGACUUCUUGCUGCAUUGUAGCUCUACUGGCCUUACAAAUUUACAUUCUCUGAAAAAAUUCAAUGAGAACAUUGUAGUGAAGAUAUUUUUCUCAUAGUCUAGUAGCUACCCUUGUUCAGCUUUUGUAUGUCCACUGAGCAUUACUGCCAUCAAUAAAUUAUUUUGUUAUGAAAAGGUAGUUUGGUAGAAUGAUAAAUUAUUUUGUUAUGAAAAGGUAGUUUGGUAGAAUUCCCUAGCUUUUAAGUAAAACGGAGAUGUAUAAUGCGACUUUUUUCUGUCCUUGUUUAGGUGGUGCAAUGGUUGGUGGUUUUGCAGGAGGAAUGGGAGCUUCUAAUAUGGGCCCAGUAGGAUCUGGAAUGAGUAGGUUGAUCUGCUUCAACCAAAUAUAAAUUCUAACGUAUAAUAGAAAGGGUCUUUGGUUAGUGCUAUGCCUAGAUGGAUCCAGAAAAAUCAUUGUCGGUAGUAAGAAAAUUGCUCCAUUGAUUUAAAACUUCCAGUUUUAUGUGACUGCAGUUAUAACUGAAGUUCAUUAAGAUGUCUAGUGUUUUCUUAAGAUUAAGUUUCUCGAGUGGGUCAUUUGUAUAAACCCUAGCAGCCUUGUACCUGGUGUUACCCAGGAAUUCUAAGAAAUCAAAAAAUCAGUGCAGUUUUGAAAUGUUCGUUCUUCUGUUCUGAUUCAAAAUGGUGUCCAGUUGUAUACAAACACAGACAAAAACUUGCUCCUUCAUCUCAGAAACCAUGCAGAAUUUGGUUAUGACAUCUUAAGAGGUGUCCAAAUGCAUAGCUGACAAGCAAAUUUCCAAAAAACCAGCAAAUAAUAGCAAGUAUUGGAAUCUGAUAUUAAGUAAAACCUGUAGCAACAGCUACCAGUCACAGAAUUUCAGAUAGCUGUUUUGACUUACAAGGUGGUUUUACAUCUGUCUGUAAAAGGGAGAUUUAUAGAGUUGUCAUGCAUGGCUACAAAAUAACUGAAAGGUGCAUGUUAAGAAUACUAACACCUCUGCAUUCUAAGUGUGAACAUAUAUCCAGUAUAUGUGAUGGAAUAUAAGUCUAGCUCUCUUAUCUGGUCACAUUUAAUAAGGGAAUAAUACACUGACAAUUCCAUGCUUGUGAGAGCCAUUAUGCUUAUUUUGUGAAAAAUCACAUUUUGGAUCAAUAAAUUUCUGUAACAGGAGCGUAGGAAACUGCUCUUAAACCAAGUCACGUUAGGGAUUGAACCUGGGACUUUUUGCAUGAAAAUACGUAAGCUGCCAUUGAGCUAUGUUCUUUCUCUGUAAUCAGUGUCUAUCAAACACACACAAUAAUUUUUAAUAUUCUCCAAAACUUGGCAUUUUAAAAUUCACUUGGAUCCUGCUUGCUUAUGUAAAAAGCAUCUGAUAUUAACGUGACUGGUAAUCACAAAGUGCCUGUUUAAACAAAAAGUAUGUGACAGCCAUGACCUGAUAAGCCCACAGUCACUUUCGCAAACUAGCGUGCACUGAUCUACUUUAGGCAUAUCAGUGCAAACCACCCUUCAGGGUAGCCAUGGCAUCCUAAAAGCUGGGAAGGGUAGAAUUCAACUUUGUGACAGUGACAUCCAUGAUAAAAUAUCAAAUAUUAAAAACUUCCCUAAACAGGGCUGCCUUCAGAUGUCUUCUAAAAGUCAGAUAGUUGUUUAUUUCCUUGACAUCUGAUGGGAGGGUGUCCGCAGGGUGGGUGCCACUACCGAGAAGGCCCUCUGCUUGGUUUUCUGCAACCUCACUUCUUGCAGUGAGGGAACUGCUAGAAGGCUAUCGGAGCUGGACCUCAGUGUCCGGGCUGAAUGAUGGGGGUGUAGACACUCCUUCAGGUAUACUGGGCUGAGGCUGUUUAGGGAUUUAAAGGUCAGCACCAAAACUUUGAAAUGUGCUUGGAAACAUACUGGGAGCCAAUGUAGGUCUUUCAGGACCGGUGUUAUAUGGCCUCAACAGCCACUCCAAAUCACCUAUCUAGCUGCUGCAUUCUGGAUUAAUUGUAGUUUCUGGGUCACUUUCAAAGGUAGCUCCUUGUAGAGCGCAUUGCAGUGAAUGCCCAUGGGCUGAUACUGCCAUAAAUCAGUAAUGGCUAACUGAAAAAUGUAGCUGCCACAUCAACAUUCCUUUAAACAGACAAACAUUACUAGGGGUUGCAUCUACUUUCAUAACCCAAAUACUGUAUGCACCAUUUAAAAUCUGCAAUUAUUAAAUUCAGUUAGGAAAAUGUAGGUCAAUGGCACAAAAACAAAAAUAAAUGUUCUGUCUCUUUAUAGUUGGCUGGCUACUACCAGCAUAAUAAAUCAUUGUCCAUUUGCUUCCUCAGAUGAAGAUCAAAUGAAUUUGGUUAAAACAGCCCUCGGCCCUUUAAGUGCUAUUUCCUCUGAAUAUUUUCAUGGGAUUCCAUUGCAUGUUAAAGUUAAGUUUAGUGGUUGCACCAGAAACCUAGUUGGCUUUCUUUAUAGAAACUCACCUGCAUUUCCCCUUGCAUCAAACCAGCUUAUUUAUAUAUGAAUUUGAAACUGUUAUCAAGCUUUUGUUUACUGUUGUGCUAUAAACAUUACUAUUGGAUUCCUAAAUCUCUCUCUGUGUGUGUUUGCAGGUAGUGGAAUAAGUGGUAUGAACAGUAUGACCGGAGGAAUGGGCAUGGGCAUGGGAAUGGAUCGGAUGAACUCCACUUUUGAUCGAAUGGGGCCAACCAUGGGAACUGGCCUGGAGAGAAAUAUCGAUAUGGAUCGAGGAUUUGUGCCUGGCCCAAUGGGCAGUGGUGUGAGAGACAGAGUAGGCUCCAAGGGCAACCAGAUAUUUGUCAGAAAUGUAAGCACAUAAAUUGAACCAAUUAGCAGCGUUAUUCUCUGGCUUCUUCUCCUUGCGUUACUAUAUGCUUAUCUUCAUUUCAGCUUCCUUUUGACUUGACCUGGCAGAAGCUUAAGGAAAAGUUCAGCCAGUGUGGUAAGUAUUAGGCACAAAUGUUGUUGCCUCUAAGGCAAAGAUGAUUAGCCGCAACAAAGAUGGUAGGGCGAGGCUACCACUUGUGCCAGAGUUGUUGGAUAUCACCUGCUGCUCAGCAUGAAUGGAGUGGGUACCUUAAAACAGUGUAUGCUUCACGGAAAAAGUUGUCCUUUCAUGGAAGCUUGAGCUUCAUUACCAACCUUCAUUGUGGAACCCCAAGGGUCCCCAGAAUGUGGAAACUUGCAUGCAUUUCCAGAAGCUUGCUGUGUGCCAUCUAAUUGAGACUCUGAGCCAUGACUUGUGUUUCAGAUGCAGAGGCAGCAUUCGAAACUCCCAUUGUUCUAGGCGUGUUUUGCGACAGGGAGUUUCAUUAAUGCAAGGAGUUUCUGAGCUCUGGGAGCCUAGGAUUUCAGAUUAAAACUGCCACUGUUGGAACAAAAGGAGGACCUUUUGCUGCCUCCCCACAUUAAGCCAUUCUCUGAGGAGUGGUGAAGGGACACUCAUAAGAAUAUUAGGGGGGCGGGCAGGGGAAGAAUGGCUUUGUUUUUUGCAGUAUUCAGAUGAGGAAAAAUGAACAUAAGAUUUUAGCUGCAGUUCAUUUUCAGCUUGUAUUGUUAUAAAGAAGUGCGCCUAGACAUUCCGCUGCGGCACCCAUAACCUAGAUUUAAGGUGCCAUUUAGCUCCUAGCUUUCAUAUCUCAGUUUCUUGCACUGUGCAGAGACAAACAAUUAUUAGUUUGUUUCUUCUCUCUUCCUGGGAAUCCCUAGAUGUUGUCCCAACCAGUAGCCUCGAUGCAAUGCCCCAAACCAUGGCUGGUUCAAAUCUGAUGAGAAAUCAGUUUGCCUAAAGUAGUUCGCAAACCUCAAGCCUCAAGCUGUAGUAACAGAUCCUGCUUGGUUGAUACUCACGAUUUGUGAUUUGUUUAGUUCCUUUAUUUAAAUCAUAACAAACCAUGGUUUAUAUACGAAUUUGCCCUAGUUUGAAACUGCCAGAAUAUAUUAAGAAUAAGGAUGCAAGAAGGUUGCAGUAAUGUUAGUUCUCGGCAUUCCUAUAUAGAUCUGGGUGGUAUUUGGUUUUUUGUGUUUGCAGCAAAUUUAUUUGGUUUUUUGUGUUUGCAGCAAAUAAUGAUUUUUAAUUGAGGUCCAUGUCAUCUAAGUCUCAUUGAAUUCUGAAGAGAAUGUAAUCUCCAGCUUUAUUACCUUUCUGUGAAAACUCAUCCUUGCUUUGCUCAUGAAAUGGACAAUCUGUACAAAGAGAAAGGAGCUUUUGUGGCUUCUGGUAGAACUCUCAAGCUGUAAUUACCUUCUUUGACUGUACACUUCUGCAAUAUUACAUAUUUGUCAUAAUCCACAAUUUUCAAUUCUCAAAAAUGUAUAGUUUUAAAAAUGUGCACUUAAUCUUAUUCUCAGCAUUUCAUUUUAGCUUAAUGUACCAGCAUAAGUAUUUUUCUUGUCCUCCUAUUGAAACACGGGUGGGGAACCUGUAGAUAUGAAGUUCUCUGUCAACCAUCUCGGUCAUUUAUGGUGGCUGGAGCUGAUGAGAGCUGAAACCCCUCAGUAUCUGGAGGGCCAGAGUGUUCCCUUCCAUGCCUUAAAACAUCAAAAAGCAAGAUUCCCCCCUUCUGCUAUCUGUUGUAUUUGUGGCUUAAGAAACUGAGGCUUUUCUAUACUUUUUUUUAAUUAAAAAAAUGGAACCACAGACUAGUUCUGUCCCAUAACAAGUAGUGACUGCUAGACCACCUGAAAAUGCUGCAAGAGUGUUGAAAUUACUAAAUUUUAUUUAAGGGAUUCAUCAUCAUCACCAUCACCACCACCAUAAUAAUAAUAAUUUUAUUAUUUAUACCCCACCCAUCUGGCUGGGUUUCCUUAGCCACUAUAAACUAUAUAAACAGAGUCUGAAUGUAGAAUUGCACAGUUUAGGGUCAAUUUAAAACCUGUCCAGUGUUUUAGAUCAGCUGCCUGUUGCCCCCAACUGCCUGGGUUCAUCUAGAUGUUUAAAAUGUUAAAAUACUGAGAAUCAACAAUCUCUCAACCUUUCCUUACCGACGAAGUUCUUAAAAAUGCGCCCCCUCUUCACCAAUUCAGUUUUCAUUGAGGGCGGGGGGGGGGAGUAUGGAAAAUAGGAAAUUUGGGAAGAGAGCCGACGUUGCCAAACCCGUUGGAAGAAAAUAUAACUAAUGUAGAGGAGGAAGGAUAGGUUGGCAGAUAAUUGGAAUGCAGUGGCAUUUGAGGGGGUGUCGAGUUUAUAAACUCAGUGUGGCAAAACGGAGGCUGCUAGAUGGCUUCUCUUGUUUGCAUGGGUAGUAUUACGAUAGGAGACCUGUGACAUGAGCUGGCUUUUAUUACAUUGCAAUUCAGAAUUUUUUAAGUUACCUGUGGCGACUGGCAUUUCUAACACCAGCAGUGCAUCAUAGACUAAAUUGAACUUUUUAACUUUGUUUAUCCAGGUCAUGUAAUGUUUGCAGAAAUAAAAAUGGAGAAUGGGAAAUCAAAAGGCUGUGGAACUGUCAGAUUUGAUUCACCAGAAUCGGCGGAAAAGGCCUGUAGGAUAAUGAACGGCAUAAAAAUCAGUGGCAGAGAAAUUGACGUACGUUUGGAUCGCGUUGCAUAA